AUGGAUAAGCAUGGCGUGAAGGCCCCCUUGUGGAAGAAGGAACUGGAGGAGCCCGGGACCGAGGAGGGGGAACAGGAGAACGCAGAGCAGGAGGUGGAGGACGAGGAUCAGGACGAGGAGAGGCCGCGCGAGGAGAGCGCGGGCGGGGACGCGGAGCAGCGCCCGGAGACGGAGGGGGACGAGGGCGGACGCUCGGUGAGCUACAGCCCCCUGCGCCAGGAGUCCAGCACCCAGCAGGUGGCGCCGCUGCGGCGCGCAGACAGCAGCUUCUGGGCCUGGCUCAGCCCCUUCGCGCUGCUGGGCGGCCUGACUGCGCCCGCCGACAGGAAGCGGAUCCUCCCGGAGGAGCCGUGCGUGCUGGAGACCCGGCGGCGACCACCGCGUGGUGGGGUCUGUGCGCGCUGCGAGAUCCUUUUCUGCAAAAAAUGCAAGAUCCUGCACAGCCACCCGGCUUAUGUGGCGCACUGCGUUCUGGAUCACCCGGAUCUGGGUCCUUCUGGUCCAGUGGACAGGGGCAACGCCUAGAGAAAAGGACCUCCGAGUUCCUUCAUCCCUCCGAGAAACUUGCCCUCUUUCCGUGAAAUCAUUCAAUAAAGC